AGCUUGAAAUACCACGUCGGUAUCCUAAAAGAAAUACGAAACAAAGAUCUUACAAGGAAGAGGAUGUCUCUAGUGAGGACGAGUUCUUGUAUUGUGACUUUUGUGACUGUGACUACAAAGGUGCUUGUCCAAAACACGGCCCUAUGCUUUGGGUAUGUGAUAGAAGAGUUCCUAAAAAUACACCAGAUAGAGCAGAGCAGACAAUUCCAAGUUUUCUCUCCAUUGGAAUAUCCAGCAUUCCCAAAGCAGGUCUUGGAAUAUGGACUGAAAUACCAUUGCCGAUUGGAACAGUUUUCGGACCUUACAAAGGGAAAAUUAUAAAAACACAGAAAGAGGCUGAAAAAUCUGGUUAUGCUUGGAUGGUAUGGAAGGGAGAAAAAGUGGAUCAUUUUAUUGAGGGAUUCAAGAAGGAUAUUUCCAAUUGGCUGAGAUUCGUGAACUGUGCUGAUAAAGAAGAGAAACAGAAUUUAGUGGCAAUCCAGUACAAGAAGCAAAUCUAUUACAAGACUUACAGAGAAGUGUUACCAUUUCAAGAGCUUCUGGUGUGGUAUGGGGGAAAAUAUGCCUCCGAUCUUGGAAUAAACUUGAAAAGGGAGACUGAAACCGACCAACCAAGUGUAGAAGGUGUUGCAUGUGAUGUCUGCAGUUCAUUGUUCACAUCCGUGGAGGCCAUGGAGCGACACAGGAGGACACAUCCCCAUCAGGGACACGAUCGAAGGCACCGAUGUCCCCACUGCGUCUACUCCACCAACAACUCAAGUGAUCUCCGACAUCACCUCACUACUCACACGGGUGAGAGGAGACACGGGUGUCUCCACUGCCACAAGACAUUCACUGAAAAAGGAAAUCUCAAGAGACACCUGAAGAUCCACAGUGGAGAGAGACCCUUCUCUUGUGGAGUGUGCGGUAGAGACUUCACUCUAAAAGGACAUUUGAAGAGUCACGAGAGAAGUCACAGCGGCAUCAGACCUUACCGAUGUUCCACCUGCGGAAGAGAUUUCACACAUUCUUCAUCUCUUCACAAACACAUAAGAAUCCACACACGGCAGAGACCCUACAAGUGCUCCACCUGCCAAUACAGGGCCACCUCAUCUUCUCAUCUUAAUAGACACAUUAUUCAAAUACACACAAAACAGUUCCCCCACAAGUGUGACCUGUGUGAAAGAGGUUUUCUUCUACCGAGUCAUCUUAAACGACACAAAGAGCGCAUACAUCCUCAAUUACAA